AUGAUGAUCGACGUUGACCCCAAGCAUUCAAUCGACCUUAUGCAACAACAAGACCAAACGCCAACGUCGUCUUCUUCACUUGUCAGACAUCUUCAAUCGUGUAUUAUAGCUGAUAUUAAUUCAAGUAUUUAUGACAAUACUAAUUAUCAAAAAAAAUUUUCGCCACCAUCACGAAUUAAACUUGGCUUACGUUGUUUAUGCCCACUAGAUGACAAGCAAAAGCAAUUAUUUGAUGAGAUCUUCUGUAAUAAUGAACAGACAACGAACAUUAGUGAACGUAUACUUGAUGAAUGUACACCACUUCAUCAGCUUCAAACGACAAUCCUAUCAUCAACAUUUAUACGUUUAGAGGCUCUAGUUAACAGGGAUCAAGACAAGAAUUUAACACUUCGCAUAAGCGCACAAGAGUAUUUAAAUCCCAAAUCAUCUGAAAUAAACCAUUUAUUAUCAUCAAGAGAUUCGCUUGCAUAUUCCCGUAAUGAAACACUACAAUCUUUAAAUAACCUUUGUUCAGAUCAUCGUUAUAAUCCAUUAUUAAUUACAUUUCAUCUUAUAUAUCGUUCAACCAAUACUAAUUUCACUCGAUUUCAUAUACUAUUGACUAAUGAUAGUGAUAAUGCAAUACAGAAAGAAAAAUUUUCCGAGAUUUUCAUGUCGUUGGCAUUAUCACUCUCGUCCAAUCGGCAGAAAACAUCAUUUAAUAUAUCAAAAAAACGUAAUCUAACAAGUGAACAAUCAUUAUCAUCAUUCUUACGUGAAUAUGUAUUAAAUAAUGUUGAACAAUAUUCAAAAGAUUUUUUGUAUAUAUUUGCAAAUGUGAAAAAUGAUAAACAAUUAAAGUAUUGGAUUAAAAUUCAACGAUUAUUACGAAUAAAAAAAUAUCGAUGCAAGAUGUCUCAAGAUCGUACUGAUUCAUCAUCAGUCGAAACUGUUAUUAAUCGUAAUAACGAAGAAAUAUGGAUUGAUGGACCAUUGAGUACAACGAAGCCGAAAUCCGAAAUUUGGAUCGAUGGCCCGAUAGAAUUUUAUUCGCCUACAUCAAAACUUCGGCAUAAAAAGUCGAAAUUAAAACCGCGUUCUAGUUCACACCGUCACUAUAAAUCAAAGGCUAAAACUCCAAUUCUUUCACCAAAACCUCAGCUAGCACCGCCAGUUCUCUGUUCGACGAUUCUUCAACAGGAAAAUAAUGAAUCAUCAUCGGCAAAUUUCGAUAGUGAAUCCGUUAUUAGUUCACAUUGUCAUUUACCUGUAUUACCUGUAUUUAAAGAUCAUACAUUAUUACCAUUUCGUUCAAAUCAAUUAGUACAAAUAACAAAACCUUUGAAAACUGAAUCAUCAAAUAUUGAUUUAAGAUUAAGUGUAAAUAAAUUAAAUGACGAUAUGGAGAUGCUAGAAAAAACCCUCGAAAUAUUGCUGAUUCCGUCUCCCAUUGUACCCAAUCAAGGCGAUAGACAAUCAUCAAGAAGUCAAUCAUUAAAUCGUAUUGAUCAAUUAUCAUCAUCAUCAUCAAUAUGCCAAGAUGAUAUAACCAAACGCCUAUCAAGAAUCGUUUCACCAACCCGUUUUGAUAAAAUAUUGAAUCAUAAACAAACAGCAGAAAAUUUUCAUGGUUUAUCAAUUGGCUCAUCAGUUUCUAAUUCUCCUAUAAUUAAAUCUCAAAUACGUCAAUCACGAAUACCAUCUAAGUCUACACAUCCUCGUUCAUUGUUAUUGUCGUCAACAAAAAAAUUUAAGAAUCCACCUGAAUCAAUUCGACCGAUGUCACCAACUCCUACUCGACCAUCUAUAUUUCAACGUUUAUUUGGUUUACGUUCAUCAUCGAUUCCACCACCACACCCAAUACCAAUUGUUGUUGAUUCUCCUCGAUUGGCUUCACCGUUAACAGUUACAUUAGAUUCACACGAUGAUCUAAUGCCAUUAACGACAAGUAGUACAGCUUCGUCAGCAUCUGGACGUGCUAGUUCAAGUGGUUAUGAAUCUAUGAGUAAUGCAGCAUUCGAAGAAUUAAUAGCAUCAACACCAAUUAUGGCCAAUAAUGAAAGCAAUUCCAUUCGAUUGAGAAAUAAAUCCAUGCGAAAAGACGAGCGACGUUCAAAUCCGAGCACAUCAUGGAAUAGUCCUAUUCUUCGUGAUAAAUCUCUUCGUCAACAAUGUGUAUCGCUAUUGAAACAUCGUCAAAAUGAAUUAAAACUUGAAUUAGCCACGGCAAAAACAUUUUUAUUAAUGGAUAAAUCAAAGAAUUUCGACCUAAACGACUCUCGACACUCAACUUUGAAUAAUAGUCCAAUACACACACUUUUAUCACAUAAAAAUGGAGAAAAUCUACUUGAACGAGAAAUCCAAAAUCUAGAAAGACGUUUAACAUUAGCGAAAUCACAAUUAGUCCACGGUACAUUAAAAAAAAAUAAACAAUUUAUAUCUUAG